CAGACCGGACAAGUGGUAAUUUGCAAAGGAGGUGAACCAUCAUGGAGAAGCUUGUCUGAGUAACCUCGUCGAUUAUGAGGUGAGUGGUUGAUACAUGAGCGCGUGGAAUUCCUAAACACAUGUAGAUGGUUCCGAAGAUCGCAUUUUUGAACUCACGAGCCAGAUAAAUUUCUCCUACUUUCCUUUCUUUGGUGUGUCGUGGUUUAUCUUUGAUGUGUGCCAGGUAAUCCGUUACGUCUCUCUUCUCAGAACCUUCUAACUUCUCUACAAAUUCUCCUUUUAUUUUAUUUUCAAGUUGGUGUUCUCUAAGUAACAGUAUUUGAUCUCCAUAUCGGAUGCGUGCUGUCGAGGCGAAGAAUGCCAACAUCUCACUGCCAAGAUUGAUUUGGGCACUUUCAUCGAUCAACUUGCUCACAGGCAAGUUUGAAUUUGCCGUGGCCAAGACUGCAAUUUUCGGGUCCUUCUUCAGAGCUGCGGCUAUACAUGCGGCUGCCAGGCGCGUUUUUCCUGUACCUGGGGGCGCCUGCUGGUAAUGUAGGCGCCCCCUUCCUUCAUGCAGCCAAUUAGAGAGUGUAUUUUGCUGUUCUUCAUUUAAACUCUUUACACACUCUAAUUCCUUCGGAAUAUCACCUCCAACCACCGAAUCGUC